AUGCCGACCAUGACGAAGCUGCCCCCAGACCCUCUGUGGUCGGGAGGUGGUAAUAAUAUCCCCGACAGCGACCUGCGCCCCCUCCAACUCACGAGCGAGUCCUCCUCCUCGUUGAUAUCUCCCCUGACGCUCCCUCGCGGAGUGGACGGCUACUUCGACCACAUCAUGUCGCAGGGCGCACCACCCUCCGCUCAGCUCCUCGGCGUGCCCUCCUCACACCAACAGUACCACCACCACCACCAACAACAACAACAACCGCGGGCCGAGGUCUACUCCCCCCUCUCGCCGGGCGCCAAAGGACCCCCGCCACACGCGGCGUCUUUCCUCUCGCCCCGCAUGGUACCAGUCACGAAGCAGGCACAGUUCCAGCUGGACCAGCAGCAGCGGUCGAGCAGCCUGCCCCCGAAAAACCGCAGCGGCAUCACAUCCCCCCGGAGUCAGGGUCAGGGUCAGGGUCAUGGUCAGGGUCCGGCGCACGGCGCCAAUAACGGGGCGGUCAGGUACCCCUCAGCGGAUUACCACGCGCGGGCCGCGUACGCAGAGACGUCCUCGCAGGAUUAUAUUGUGCAGCGGCUGCUCCAGCAAAAGGCGCGGAUGCAGGAGGCGUGGGAGGCGGAGCGGAAGUACCUGGAGGCAAACCGGGAGCGGGCCGAGGAGGUGUACAAGGAGGAGCGGGCCCUGAUGGAGGAGGAACGGUCUGAGUGGGAUGCCGAGAAGGCGUUGCUGCUGGCGGAGAUUGAGCGGCUGGGGGGGACUAACCCGCUGACGGCGGCGGCCCACGGCGCUCACCCAUGGCCCGGUUCUCUCUCGUCCGAGAGGAACUCGCAAUUAUCCACGCAAAACGGCGGCGGACCCGGGUCACGGAAUGCGUCGUCCUCGUCGUACUCCAUCCCCGUGACAAGACCAGCCCCUGACCGGGUGUCGCCGCUGUCACCAAACGGCCCCCGGGAUCCCCAACCCGAUUUCCUCAAGCCGCCGCCGACGGAAGGAUCCGACGCCGAUGCCGACGCCGUGCCGAGUGUCGACGUGGGAGAGAUCCACCCCGAGCUGGAAGGCAUCCGGAUUAAAUCUACGAGCGUCAAGAAACCCACCUUUACCGAUCCCGGGUCCCAACCCGGGUCUUCGUCCUCCUCCAAACAGUCCAGCCCCGCUGGCUCCCCCACCUCCGCGCCCGCUCCCCCCGAGCCGGCGAAGAGCCCGGAGACCAAAAAAGCGGCGCAAACCCUCCAGGUCCUAGCGGCCAAGGAGGCCGACCGGCUGACCAUGCAUGCCGGGCACACACCCAACCAUUCCCUGUCCUCGCUGGCCACCGUCGUCUCCUCGGGGACGGCAACAGUGACUAGCAACGGCGGCGACAGCACCCCGACUACCCCAUCCCCGUACCACAAAGACGAUGCCGCCGCGCCUGGCCGGGAUACCCCCACCGCUGACGCUGCUGGCGGUGCAGACCGAGAACUAAAAGGCCCGCUAAUGGUGCGCAACAUGCCGGCGCAUGACGAGGUGUUUUUCCAGAAACUGUCCGAUCGCCUGGAGGAGGUGAGCAAAGAUGAUGUGGCUGCUUUGCCGGCUGUGUUGAAGGAUGCGGAGUCGGUAGCAGACACACAUACCGAGCCGGCGGCGGAUACGGAGACGACCCAGCUUGAAGGUGAUGGCGAUAAAUCGGCUGCUUCGGAUGAUGGGUCGGAUGAUAGCAAGGGGAGUUCGGGCAGUGGUGGUGAGACAGGAGGGUUUGAUGUGCCGUUGAAGUUUAAAAAGAGGAUGAAUUUUGGGGCGCCGUUUGGGGCGAUGCGGUGA